AUGACUGAUUGGCGUACCCAGACGGCUUUCACAGACAUGGGCAUCGAUGUGUCAUUCCAGCAGGCUAAAGUCUUGUUCAAGCUUUUCGAUUGGGACGGUGAUGGCCGGAUCGACAUCAACGAAUUUGCCCAAGGCGUCCACCACCUCAAGGGUCCUGCCCGCAGCUUGGAUGUUUUCCGACACUUCAUGAAGCUGUCCAAAAAGAUAGAAAAGCUCGAAAAGCUUUUGCAAGUGAUCACAGGUCCCACGGACAGGCCCCUCUUCCAAAGUCGUUCACGGGGCUACAGCAUGGUCUCGUCGGAGAACUCCGGCUCCUUCAGGGGCGCUGCCUAA